AUGACGACUCCCACCGCAAGCAAUACUGCGCUGGUAAUUCCCGAGCUUCUUGGGAUGAUACUCCUCCAUCUCGGCCCGAACGACAUUGCAAGAUGUCAACGCACCUCGUCAUUCUGGCGGGAUGUCAUCGGUGAAUCCCCCAGCCUCAAGGCUUCCCAGUACCUGAGACCCGUCAAAAACUUCGAGUCACUACUCUGGCGAGCAGGUGAGAGUGAUAGCCCAACAGCCAGUAUUUAUCAUCCCCACAUCUCGCCAGAAAUCAGACCCAUCAGCGAGAUGAAUACUACGCCAAAAGAGUACCCAAUUGUCGAGUUCCAUCCGAUCCUGAUAAAUUCGAAGGAGAGAGAAGCGAACUUGACUCCGUACAAAACCAGCACAAAGCUCACGUUCAGCAUCAAGCUUUUCGUCAUGAUUCAUAAGGGGCCUUGGCUUGAUAUGCUGAUAUCGCAACCACCGGUGCAGGAGAUUGAGCUGAGCGGCGAGAAAAUCCGUGCCGUUGAGGGUCGUACGCAGGGCGGCGUCAUUUUCCGCGACCUCCUCAAGAGACUCUCGUUUGGAGGGAGAGGAGCGCAUAUUACCAUCACCAACGUAGUUGACGAGCACUCGCCGUGGGUGCAAGAGGCUAGACAAAGUGCGAGAAUUGAAAAGAACAGAUCUCGGUUAUGA